AUGGCCUUUGAGGAGCUCCUGGAUCGAGUUGGUGGCCUUGGGAAAUUCCAGAUCCUUCAGAUGGUUUUAGGUCUUCCUUCUGUCAUGAUACCAAUCUGUCAUUUGUUAUUGGAGAACUUCACUGCAGCCAUUCCUAGUCAUCGUUGCUGGGUCCACAUCCUUGACAAUGACACUGUCUUUAAUAAUGACACUGGGAUCCUCAGCCCUGAUGUCCUCCUGAGAAUCUCCAUCCCACUCGACUCAAACUUGAAGCCAGAGAAAUGUCGUCGCUUCCUCCACCCCGAGUGGCAGCUUCUUCAUCUGAAUGGGACCUUCCCCAACAUGACUGACCUAGUCACGGAGCCCUGUGUGGAUGGCUGGGUGUAUGACCGAAGCUCCUUUCCCUCCACCAUUGUGACUGAGUGGGACCUAGUAUGUGACUACCAGUCACAGAAAUCAGUGGUUCAGUUCCUAUUCAUGGCUGGAAUGCUGGUGGGAAGCCUCAUAUGUGGCCCUCUCUCAGACAGAUUUGGGCGAAAGUUGAUUCUCAGAUACUGUUUGCUCCUGCUCGCCGUCUCUGGGACCUGCACAGCCUUUGCUCCCACCUUCAUCAUUUACUGCUUACUACGCUUCUUGUCAGGUUGUUCUUCCACGGCCGUCAUCACAAAUAACUAUAUACUUAUUGUAGAGUGGACAAGGUCUCAGUCUAAAGCCAUGGUAAUAACACUGCUGGGCUGGGCCUUUAGUAUGGGGCAGAUAACCCUAGGAGGACUGGCUUUUGUCUUUCGAGAGUGGCGCACCCUGCAGCUGGUGGUGUCUGUACCAUUCUUUGUCUUCUUUCUCUCCUCAAGGUGGCUGGCAGAGUCUGCUCGGUGGCUGAUUGUCACCCUCAAACCAGAUGAGGGCUUAAAGGAACUUAGAAAAGCUGCACACACAAAUGGAGUGAAGAAUGCUGAAGAAACCGUGAACAUGGAGGUUUUGAGAUCCACCAUGCAGGAGGAGCUGGAGGCAGCACAGACCAAAACUACUAUAUUUGACCUGUUCCGCACACCCAACCUGUGUAAAAGGACCUGUAUCCUGCUCUUUUUGAGAUUUGCCAACAUCAUAACAUUUUAUGGCAUCUUUAUCAAUCUUCAGCACUUUGGGAGCAAUAUUUUCCUGUUCCAGGUAGUCUUUGGAGUUCUGUCUGCCUCAGCCCGAUAUGUUGCACUUUUAGCGCAGAAGCAUAUGGGCCGUCGAAUAACCCAGAUGCUUUUCAUGUUCCUGGAGGGACUUUGCAUUUUGGUCAACAUUUUUGUGCCCCAAGAAAUGCAGACCAUGCGUGUGGCUUUGGCAAGCGUGGGAAUUGGCUCUUCUGCUGCCUCUACCUCCAGUAAUUCUGUCCACACAGCUGAACUCAUCCCCACCAUCCUCAGGGCAAGAGCUUCAGGACUAGAUAUAGUGGCCAGUAGGAUUGGGGCAGCACUGGCUCCUCUCUUGAUGAUUCUCAAGGUAUAUCUUCCCACUUUGCCAUGGAUCAUCUAUGGAGUCUUCCCCAUCAUUGGUGGUCUUGUUGUCCUUUUUCUACCUGAAACCAGGAAUCAGCCUCUGCUUGACGUCAUCCAGGAUGUGGAAAAAGGCAGAAAAUUCUCAAGAAAAGUAAAUGAAAAAGAUUCCUACAUAAAAGUGACAAAAUUUUAA